AUGAGUGACUACUACCGCCAUACGAAACGAAGGCGAUCUCAGUCGCCCUCAAAUUCUGGAGGCCAGAAUGCCAAUAGACAAUACCGAGAGCGAGGUGGAGGACAAGACCGUGAGAAUGGAUCUCAACAGCGGUGGUCUCACAAGGAGCAGAUGAGGAUCAAUCAGCUGCAGGAAGACGAGCGCAUGAGAGAGUGGGUGGCUCAAGAGGAUGAUUUCGUUCUCAAACAGGCUAAAAAGAAGGCAGCAAUACGGGUUAAGGAAGGCCGCGCAAAACCUAUAGACUGGCUCGCAGUCACUCUCCGUGUGGUCGAUCCUACGAGAGAUCCUCUGAAUGAUGAAGUCGAAGAGAAGGAUCUAGACUUCAUGGACCCCGAUAGUGUCUUCGAUGGGCUUUCCGAAAAUGAAUUCCCCGCCCUGCGCAAGGACAUCGAUACCUACCUGAAUUUGGAAACCAACAGAAAUAACAGAGAAUAUUGGCGCACUAUGCAGAUCAUCUGUAAAGACAGGCAGAGGAAGUCGCGAAACUCAGGGCCAGAAGGUAGGGCAGUCAGCUCUGUGGCUGCUGAUAUUGAUAAACUUCUGGGUCCCAAGACAUUUGAGCAGUUGGAGGUUCUGGAGAAGCAAAUUCGAACGAAGCUCGACUCCAAUGAGCCUAUUGACACUGACUACUGGCAACAACUACUGGACAGCUUACUUGUCUGGAAAGCAAAAGCAAAGAUCAAGAGAGUCUAUCAAGAUGUCCUUGAUUCGAGACUCGAUCAAUUGAGGGAACAGAAUAAACGAAAGGCACAGCAGGUCAAAUCUCGACUUGCCCAGUCCGAGGUGAAGACCCAGGACGGCGUCCAGUACUCUACGGAACUAGAUCCUGAACCGCUUUUGGAACUUUCGACAAAGGACAAAACCCUCGAGAUGAUGGACGAGUCCACGUUUCUACGACAAGUUGCCGCGAGCAGGCGGAAGAUCUUGAAGAUGGGAUAUGUACCGGAACCCAAACACAUAACAGCCACUGUCUCGAGUCAACCGCGGGCCUCUGGCCAGGGCCACGCAUCCGACCCGACAGCACGCUUCGACAGGACAGCAGACGACACAUCAUCAACAACCAAAGCCCUGUUCGACCGCGAAGUAGCCAAAGGUGUCAACGAAGAUGAAGAAGUUUUCGCAGGUGAAGAAGAAGUCACCACGUCCGACACUCAAGCCCUCUGGAUGGGAAAAUACCGCCCUCGAAAGCCUCGAUACUUCAAUCGCGUCCAGAUGGGCUAUGAAUGGAACAAAUACAAUCAAACACACUACGACCACGACAACCCGCCGCCGAAAGUUGUCCAAGGCUAUAAAUUCCACAUUUUCUAUCCAGAUCUCAUCGAUAUUACGAAAGCGCCGACCUACAAGAUCAUCCGAGAAGGAGGUCGCAAGAAAGGCCAAACGAUGGCGCCGGCCGGGGAGGAAGAUACUUGCAUCAUCCGCUUUAUGUCCGGUCCGCCGUAUGAGGACGUCGCGUUCCGCAUCGUGGAUCGCGACUGGGACUACUCGGCCAAGCAUGAUCGAGGGUUCAAGAGUAGCUUCGAGCGGGGAAUUCUCACGCUGCAUUUCAGUUUCAAACGCAUCAUGUAUCGCAAGUGA